UGUAGAGUGUGCCGACCUUAACUUGUGACGGAUGUGAUUUAUUAUAAAAUAUUUUGGCGCGCUUAGUACUUGCUUAUUUUGUUGGGACUUUGAAAUCGUAUCGUAUUAAUCUAAUAUUAAUAUUUAAAGAACAAUGGUUAGUAAAAUAACUGUUGCGAAACGCAUUGGAGGGCAGCAUUUAGGUCAAAAUUUGAAUAAUGAAAUUAUUUUAAUUGGUGAGAUCAAAAAGGUUAGUUCAAGCGGAAAGGGCAUAGAAUUGUUAACAACCGAUAAUGUCACAGUUAACGUAAGUUUGCCAGAGCCAAUUGAUGGGAUUGCCGAAGGUUUAAUCGAAGUUUAUGGAACUGCGCUAUCAAAAUCAACUGUUUCGUGUAAAAAAUACAUAAUAUUUCAGCCAGAAAUGACAGAGAAUUUUGAAUCUGCUACAUACAAUGCAUUCCUCUCAAUUUUGCAUGUAAUUGGUGAUAAAAAGUGGAAAAUUAAUUCAGAUGAAAGUCCAUAUUAAAUAUUAAGCUAUUUUUUUAAAUAUU